UCCUUCCUUCCAUCUCUUCGCUAUGUAAGAAGGGAGAGGCAUCAAUGGAAAGGCUGAAAUAGGCGUAGAUGGACUUUUGAAUGCAUUCUUUCUUGAAAGAGGAAGAUAAAUCCCGCUUGCCAGUGCACUGACUUUUGUUGGUAUUGCAUCGCUUGGUAAAAAUGGGGUUCACUCACUCCAGCUGAAUCCUUGGAGCAUUCCAGAGAGUUGCUGCAUUUUUUGCAUAUUUUGCAUCAGAGUUACUGCAUUUUCUUGUAAAAUGGAGAACGAGAUCUUCACACCCCUUCUGGAGCAGUUCAUGUCGAGCCCUCUUGUCACCUGGGUGAAGACCUUCGGACCGCUGGCUGGAGGAAAUGGGACCAACCUGGAGGAAUACGUGGCGCUGGUGGAUGGAGUGUAUCUGAACGAAGUCAUGCUGCAAAUCAAUCCAAAGUCUGCUAAUCAGAGGAUAAACAAAAAAGUAAACAAUGAUGCAUCAUUAAGGAUUCAAAAUUUGUCUAUUUUGGUGAAACAAAUAAAAACUUACUAUCAGGAGACUUUGCAGCAGUUGAUCAUGAUGUCUUUGCCAAAUGUGCUAAUAAUUGGCAAAAAUCCUUUUUCAGAGCUAGGUACUGAAGAAGUAAAAAAGCUCCUCCUGCUUUUGCUCGGUUGUGCAGUUCAGUGUCAGAAAAAAGAAGAAUUUAUUGAAAGAAUCCAAAGUCUGGAUUUUGAUACCAGAGCAGCUGUUGCAGCCCAUAUUCAGGAGGUAACUCAUAAUCAGGAAAAUGUGUUUGACCUGCAGUGGAUGGAUGUCAUUGUGCUGACACAAGAGUAUGUUGAGCCUCUCCUGAAAAAUAUGGCAUUGCAUUUAAAAAGACUUAUAGAUGAAAGAGAUGAGCACUCAGAGACCAUCAUCGAGCUGUCGGAGGAGCGGGACUGUCUCCGUUUCCUGCCUCACGCCUCGGCCGCGCAGUCCCCGUGCGGCUCCCCUGGCAUGAAGCGCACCGAAAGCCGGCAGCACCUGAGCGUGGAGCUCGCCGACGCCAAGGCCAAGAUCAGGAGGCUUAGGCAGGAGCUUGAGGAAAAGACUGAGCAGCUGCUUGACUGUAAACAAGAACUGGAACAGAUGGAAGCUGAACUGAAGAGACUUCAGCAAGAGAACAUGAACCUGCUGUCGGAUGCCCGCUCUGCCAGGGUGUACAGGGAUGAGCUGGACGCGCUCCGGGAGAAGGCAAUCCGUGUGGACAAGCUGGAGAGCGAAGUCAGCCGCUACAAAGAGAGGCUCCAUGACAUUGAGUUCUACAAAGCCAGGGUGGAGGAAUUAAAGGAAGACAAUCAAGUGUUGCUAGAAACCAAGACAAUGUUGGAAGAUCAAUUAGAGGGGACCCGAGCGCGUUCAGAUAAACUGCACGAGUUAGAAAAAGAGAAUUUACAACUAAAAGCUAAAUUGCAUGAUAUGGAGAUGGAGCGUGAUAUGGACAGAAAGAAGAUUGAGGAGCUCAUGGAGGAAAAUAUGACCCUAGAAAUGGCUCAGAAACAAAGUAUGGAUGAGUCUUUGCAUCUUGGCUGGGAGCUGGAGCAGAUAAACAGAACUACUGAACUUUCUGAAGUGCCACAGAAAUCACUGGGCCAUGAGGUGAAUGAGCUGACAUCCAGCAGGUUACUUAAGCUGGAAAUGGAAAACCAAAGUUUGCUGAAGACGGUGGAAGAGCUGCAGAGUGCUGUGGGCUCUGUGGAAGGCAGCAGUUCAAGGAUUCUGAAAAUGGAAAAAGAAAACCAAAGACUUAGCAAGAAGCUUGAAGAGCUGGAGAAUGAAGUUAGCCAAGAGAAACAAAGUCUUCAGAACAGUCAAAAUCAGAGUAAAGAUUUGAUGAAAGAAAAAGCACAGCUUGAAAAGACACUUGAAGCACUUCGGGAGAACUCCGAGCGACAAAUUAAACUCUUAGAACAAGAAAAUGAGCACUUGAAUCAAACUGUGGCUUCUCUAAGGCAGCGCUCACAAAUCAGUGCUGAGGCGAGAAUGAAAGAAAUUGAGAAGGAAAAUAAAAUCCUCCAUGAGUCUAUCAAAGAGACCAGCAGUAAGUUAAAUAAGAUAGAAUUUGAAAAAAAACAAGUCAAGAAAGAACUGGAACACUACAAAGAGAAAGGGGAGAGGGCAGAAGAAUUAGAGAACGAGCUGCAUCGUAUGGAGAAGGAAAAUGAGUUAUUACAGAAGAAAAUCACCAACCUAAAAAUCACUUGUGAGAAGAUUGAGGCCUUAGAACAAGAGAACUCUGACCUGGAGACGGAGAACAGAAAGCUGAAAAAAACCUUGGAUAGCCUGAAAAACCUCACUUUUCAAUUAGAAUCAUUAGAAAAGGAGAAUUCCCAACUCGACGAAGAAAAUUUAGAGUUACGGAGGACAAUUGAAUCCUUGAAGUGUACAAGCAUUAAAGUGGCACAGUUACAGUUAGAAAAUAAGGAGCUGGAGAGUGAAAAGGAGCAGCUCAAAAAAAGCCUUGAACUGAUGAAAGCCUCUUUUAAGAAGACUGAACGCUUGGAAGUCAGUUACCAAGGCCUGGACACAGAAAACCAAAGGCUACAGAAAGCCCUGGAAAACAGCAAUAAGAAGAUUCAGCAAUUAGAGAGCGAAUUACAAGAUUUAGAGACUGAAAAUCAGACCCUGCAAAAGAACUUGGAAGAGUUAAAAAUCUCUAGUAAACGCCUGGAGCAGUUGGAAAAGGAGAAUAAGUUGUUAGAACAAGAGACUUCUCAACUGGAAAAGGAUAAGAAACAGCUGGAAAAGGAAAACAAAAGGCUUCGACAGCAAGCAGAAAUUAAAGAUAGUACCUUAGAAGAAAAUAAUGUCAAAAUCAGUAAUCUGGAAAGGGAAAAUAAAUCUCUGUUUAAAGAAAUAGUUGUUUACAAAGAGUCAUGUCUGCGCGUGAAAGAGCUGGAGAAGGAAAACAAGGAACUGGUGAAAAGAGCUACCAUUGAUAAGAAAACCUUGGUCACGUUGAGAGAGGACUUGGUGAAUGAAAAAUUGAAGACUCAACAGAUGAACAAUGAUCUAGAAAAACUGGCCCACGAGCUUGAGAAAAUUGGCUUGAACAAGGAGCGUCUCCUGCACGAUGAGCAGAGCAGUGAUGACAGUAGGUACAAGCUUUUGGAGUCCAAAUUAGAAUCCACGCUCAAGACGUCUCUGGAAAUAAAAGAAGAAAAAAUUGCUGCUUUGGAGGCUCGUUUGGAAGAAUCAACAAAUCUAAACCAGCAGCUGCGUCAGGAACUGAAAACAGUGAAGAAGAACUAUGAAGCUCUCAAGCAAAGACAAGAAGAGGAAAGGAUGGUUCAGAAUUCUCCUCCAAGAAGUGAAGGAAAUCAGUCUGUCAAUAAGUGGGAGAAGGAAAAUCAGGAGACUACUAGAGAAUUACUGAAAGUUAAAGAUAGAUUAAUCGAGGUGGAGAGGAAUAAUGCGACACUGCAGGCGGAGAAGCAGGCGCUGAAAACGCAGCUCAAGCAGCUCGAGACACAGAACAACAACCUGCAGGCCCAGAUUGUGGCCCUGCAGAGACAGACUGUGUCCUUGCAGGAGCAAAACACAACUCUGCAAACUCAGAAUGCCAAGCUGCAGGUUGAGAAUUCCACGCUGAACUCCCAGAGCACGUCCCUGAUGAACCAGAACGCGCAGCUGCUGAUCCAGCAGUCGUCCCUGGAGAAUGAGAAUGAGACAGUGCUGAAGGAGCGCGAAGACCUGAAGGGGCUCUAUGAGGCCCUGCUCAAGGACCACGAGCGCCUGGAGCUGCUGCAUGAGCGCCAGGCCACCGAGUACGAGUCCCUCAUCGCUAAGCAUGGCAGCCUCAAGUCUGCUCACAAGAACCUGGAGGUGGAGCACAAGGACUUGGAGGAUAGGUACAAUCAAUUGCUGAAACAGAAAGUGCAGCUGGAAGAACUGGAGAAGGUUCUCAAGACAGAGCAGGACAAAAUGCUGCAGCAAAGUGAGAAGCAUGAAACUGUGGCAGCAGAAUAUAAAAAACUUCGGGAUGAAAAUGAAAGGCUCACUCACACAUACAGUCAGCUCCUGAGGGAGAAUGAAGUGCUACAAACUGACCACAAGAAUCUGAAAACAUUAUUGAACAAUUCCAAACUGGAACAAACACGGUUGGAAGCUGAGUUUUCCAAACUCAAAGAGCAGUACCAGCAACUGGAUAUUACAUCAACAAAGCUAAAUAAUCAGUGUGAGCUGCUCAGCCAACUUAAAGGAAACCUGGAGGAGGAAAACAGACACCUGCUAGAUCAAAUCCAGACCUUAAUGCUGCAGAACAGAACAUUACUGGAGCAGAAUAUGGAAAGCAAGGAUCUCUUCCAUGUAGAGCAAAGGCAGUACAUUGACAAACUAAAUGAAUUGAGGCGGCAGAAGGAGAAACUGGAGGAGAAGAUAAUGGAUCAGUAUAAGUUUUAUGAGCCAUCUCCACCAAGAAGAAGGGGCAACUGGAUCACCCUGAAGAUGAGGAAGCUGAUCAAGUCCAAGAAGGACGGGAACCGCGAGCGCCUCAAGUCAGCGACGCUGACACCCACACGCUCCGAGUCCAGCGAGGGAUUCCUGCAGCUGCCCCACCAGGACAGCCAGGACAGCUCCUCUGUGGGCUCCAACUCCCUGGAGGAUGGGCAGACCCUGGGCACUAAAAAGAGUAGUAUGGGUGCACUGAAAAGACUGCCCUUUUUGAGGAACAGACCGAAGGAAAAAGACAAAAUGAAGGCCUUCUACCGUCGCUCCAUGUCCAUGAAUGACCUGGUGCAGUCCAUGGUCCUGGCAGGAGGACAAUGGACAGGUAGUUCUGAGCAUCUGGAGGGUCCUGAUGAUAUAUCCACGGGUAAAAGGAGGAAGGAAUUGGGAGCUAUGGCCUUCUCUACUACAGCUAUCAACUUUGCCACUGUCAACUCCUCCACAGGCUUCAGAUCCAAGCAGUUGCUAAAUAAUAAAGAUACCACAUCCUUUGAAGAUGUAAGUCCACAAGGUAUUAGUGAUGAUUCUAGUACAGGAUCAAGAGUUCAUGGAGUACAGGACUUUAUCUGUGCAGAUGCUCUUGCUCCUCCUGUCCGUGGCAUUCCAGCCCUGUGCAGGGUUCCCUGUCAGAUCUGUUCUUCCAGACCAGCCAGCCUUGAUAGUGGCAGGACAUCCACUAGCAAUAGCAAUAACAAUGCUUCACUCCAUGAAGUCAAAGCAGGUGCAGUGAACAGCCAGAGCAGGCCCCAGAGCCACAGCAGUGGGGAGUUUAGCCUGCUCCACGAGCACGAGGCCUGGUCCAGCAGCAGCAGCAGCCCCAUCCAGUACCUGAAGGGGCACACCAGGGCCAGCCCUGUGCUGCAGCACAGGACGCUGGAGAGUUGUGGCAAACAGACCAAAACAGGCUCCCCUGGCAGUGAAGUUGUCACCCUGCAGCAGUUCCUGGAAGAAAGCAACAAGAGUAACUCCAGUGAGAGGAAAUCUGUGAGUGAAGAGAACCUUUUAGAUGAAGUGAUGAGAAGUUUGUCUGAGUCUGUGGAGCUGGCAGGGAGGGAGAAGCUCCGAAAGCAGCCAACAGCUGGCUGUGGGAUCGUGAGAUCCCUGAGUGUCAGAAACACAAUUGAUUUCUCAGAUGGACGAUCCCUUAAACCAGAACAGCUGGUAAGGCCCAGCCUCCGGAAGACUGAAGAUCUCUACUUCAGUAGCUCUCCAAUCAAAUUCACCCCUGGUGCCCAGGGGAAGGCCUGGUCUGUGAAAGAAAAGAUGCAAGCAACUGUAACCCAGCGACAAUCCAGGGACUGCAACCCCUACGCCACCUUACCUCGUGCCAGCAGCGUGAUUUCCACGGCAGAAGGAACCACCCGAAGGACAAGCAUCCAUGAUUUUUUGUCUAAGGACAGUAGGCCACCCGUGUCCGUGGAUGCAGCCCCGGCCCUGGCUGACAGGAGUGCUCCACCCACCUCCAAUGUGGAAGCUAUCCCUGAAAGCAGAAAUUCAAAAAGCAGGUCUAGGGAGCAACAAAGCUCCUAAUUCUAUUACCCACUACCUGAGCUGUGGGCCAAGUGAGAGAAAAGUGUCCUUCAGUAUCUCAGUGUGAAGCCUUUAUAUCUGAAGUAACAAGACAGCGACUGUAGGAAUCAUUAAUAAAAAUUAAGGGAAUUUUUUACAUUCUUCGUGACUAGAGCAGGCAAGAAAUAAAAACCUACCUACCUACCUUCCUUCCUUCCUUGAAUCAAGGAGUCUACUGGAGUCUACUGCCGAAAAUGUGUAGAUGGUCUUAGGAAUUAUUGCACAUUGCACUGUUAAGAUCUACUGAAUAAAGGACAGUUCUCAUCUCCCUAAGGACCAAGGAUUUUAAGGUCUCAAGAAUUACUCCAGGGGAAAAAAAAAAAAAAAAACUUCCUUCAUCUUCUGUUUUUGAAAUUAGCUACUGAUUUGCUUAAGCUUCUGCUAAUAAUUAGCAAAAAAAAAAAAACCAAACUAGCAGUUUCUAUUUACAUCUGUAAACCUAAAAGAAAAGCUGUAGAAUAUUGUUGAAAUGGACUGUAUAUACAGAUACAAAAACCUCACAGCUACUGGCACUUCACUGCCUUAUUUGGUUAGCAUAAUCUGCAUGAAAUUGCUCUUAAGAAAGUUUAUGCUGAUUUUUGUUGCAUACUGCAAGAGAAAAAUUUGUUUACAUCCAUGGAAAAGCUUGGUAACUAACAGAGUCAUGGGAUAAUGGUACUAUAGAGACAUUGUUUGUCCUUUGUGUUUUUCACAUUCCCGAGUUACUCUGCAUAUGUAUGUUCAGAUGUUUCUGACAGGAAAUUGUCAGGUGUGGUUUUUCUAUAACUUUUAUUUUAAUAUAAGGCUGUUUUCCACAAAUGCCAUUUCUAGGAUAAUACUGUCUUACGAUGUUUGUGUAUUGACUUAAUUUCUUUUUUUACUGUUUGUCUUUUGACAUGAGCUGAUUGUGGCUUAGGAGGUUUCUUGAUGGCAAAAAGAAAUGUAAAUAAUAUCAUGCAUUUUACAAUCAGUUCCCUCUAAGGUAUCUUUUACUAGAUACAUUUUGUUCAUUAUUGAUUUAUAUUAAAGUCAACAAACAUCAUUGGUACAUUUGGUGAUCACAUAUAUUUGUCUGGAAAGAUUUGCAGCGAGCUCAGAGGAAGGCGUCAGGAACUGAGACCCAAAAUGAGUUGUUCUGUUUUAUUAAAGCCAGUAAGCACGUUCCUGUUCUUCAUGUAAAGGGUUGAGUUCCCUGUGUCACCUCUGAGUGUCCAACAGGCAGGUGCAUAAUGUCACCUGCAGCUUCUGAGGAAGGUGAGCCUCACUGCUGAAGGCAGUUCAACAGAUUCAAAAGCUUGAAAUCUUAUCUAAAAGGGGAAAAAAGAGGCAUACGCCAUAAGCUUUAGAAGGGGACAUUUUCUGUUUGUUUUCUUUAAAAUUAGUUUCUUCUGAAUUUUUUUUGUGAUAAAAUAGGCUAAAAGAUCUAUACUAAGGGCAUAGCAGGUAUGACAGACAAUUCAAACACCAUAAAGAUUAGGAAAAUCUCUCUUAACUCUGAAUGACAGCGUGUUCAAGCUCAUUUCAGGGCCUGUGCCUGGGUUCUCCUCACUCUCUGCUGACAGAGGACUGAUGCAGCUCAAACCCCCCCCCCCAGAACCGUUUGUCACAUUACUGUUACAGAAAAAUGCAUGGCUUGAACCACGAUACUGAAACUGCAGUGCCAAAUGCUGCCAGGAUCCAAGCUGGGUGGCUGUGUCUGGGGACACUGUCAUGACUCUGGUACGCACUCUCAUGUGUGGAGCACUGCUGAGCACGUGUAAGUGCCCUCAGCACACCUGGAUGUGUCCUUUCCAUCACACAGGGAUCCCCUCCCUUCUGCUGACCAGCUCAGCUCUUCUCAAGCUGUCCUCUUUGCUUUGCAGAGAAGUUCCAUGGCACUCGAGCAGUCAGGUGGCCCUCUGUGCUCUGCCAAUUCCCCUUUUCUUCUUCCUUUCUUAACCUUCUCAGUCUGUGCCCUUAAAGGGAAGUAACAAACCAAAUUUAACCUGGGAGCAGCCUCUCAGUUCCUGCAAUUCCCAAUGCCAGGGAUGCACAUGGCAGCUUUGUACCCCAGGAAUCCCAAACCCAGCACUGCCAGUUCCAGGUUACAAAGGAGGCUCUCAUGCCAUAUAAUGUGUAUGUUCUAUUUACUUUUCUGAUAGUCUCUGAGGAUUAAGUAACAUUCCCAACACCUAUUCUUAUUUCUAAAUUUUGUCCAGGACAUGAUGCAGCCUAAGAAAGGGAGCUCAUGUGUGAUUUUUAGGGGUAGCUGAUGAUGUAUAUGUAAAUAAUGCUUUGAUAUUAAUAAAACUGCCUUAAAGGAAUGUACCGAGGUGUGAAACAGAACUUUAAAAGCUCUUAUUUAAAACUGUAAUUUCCUUUACAUAUUGAUUUUUAAUGUUUGCCAUUGUAUACAUUUAUUAAUGAUGUUAUUAAAAUGCCAAACCAAAUAAUUUUUAUUCUUAUUUUGUGUGUGUAUAUUUAUACACACUUUUUUCUGGAAGGGUAUUGGUGUUGUGGUGAUGUGUGCAGUGAGUAUUUCUUCUGGAAGGAAACUGAUAAAACUGUAGCAGAAUUUUUCUGGACCAUGUGUAGUUUGUUCUGUGUGAUUUGUAUAGAGCUGGGUAGCUUUUCACUGUACACUAUUUUGAUACAAUUUUAAAAAAAGAAUGAGACACUGAUUUCAUAAGUAAAUACAAAAAGAAAUCAGUCUAGAUUUGCCAGAUGUAGUAUUUGAAGCCUGGUAGUUAUUUUUGCUGAGAUGAGUCUCAGGAUCCCUUCUGAGGAUGAAGUUAAGUCACACUUUAGGCAGUGCAGAUUCCAGGUUUGUGCACAUACUUCAAACAAUUUGUCACAUUUAAAACAUUCCAGAUUUAAAAACCUUGGCAAGUCAAAUCUAAUACUCUUUUUUUUGAAUUGAUAAGGGAUUUUGGGGUACCACAAAAAAA